AUGCGGAGCUGUCAGCGCCCGGGGUGCUGGGCUCAGUCUGGCUGUCCAUCAACGUGGCCUCCGGCCGCGCCGCCGCUGUCAGGCAGCCCCGGCCUGCAGCACCGGUACCUGCAGCCUCCUCAAAGGGUAUGCAAGCCCGGCCCUGAUGAGAUGCUUGGGGAAGAUACUGGAAAUGAAGGAAUAAUAACAUUUGAAGGCGCAGCAGCACGGGAAGAGCCACUGCGCGUUUCAUGGGUGCUCCUCAUCCUGUUUUUCUUGCGCGCACAUUGGCCAGAGCCCAGUUUCGCAGCCGAUCGGCUGGUGGGUGUCUCUGCUCUUAAUUUAACGCGAGCAGCUGAUCGGCCCCCUCCGUUCUGGGUUGUCCUGUUCGUGUCAGGAAACGCGCUCCUGGGGCAGCCCUACAUCACCGCCAACAGCUGCGACCCGGCCCUGCGGCCCAUCAUACGCCGCCGGGCCAGGUCUUUGCCCACGUCACCCGAGAGAAGGAAGCAAGCGGGAGUGCAGCGCCGAGUCGCGGCAUGCGAGGGUCGCGCGAACCGGGUGAGGUUUGCUGAUGCUUUGGGCUUGGAGCUGACCGAAGUGAAAGUCUUCCAGACUGGAGAGGAUCCGUCAAUCCCCUUGCACGUCCUCUCCCGGCUCUCCAUAAACUCAGACCUCUGGGGCAGCUGCUUGGACCUGGAGUUCACCAUGCAGUACUUGGUGCCUGACUUCCAGCAGCCUGCAGACUGCAUGGACUUCUCUGCCCGGCUUCGGGAGCAGCAGGUGUGUCUUGAACGAGUGACCACUUCAGAUUUUGGGCUCAGUGGCACCAUUCAAGUUUGUAAUAUUGCUUUUGAGAAGCAGGUAUCUGUGCGAUACACCUUCAAUCAGUGGAAAAGCCUCCAUGAAGUGCGUGCUCACUGGCAUAAUAGCAUCCCUGAGAAAAAUGGGCAGGCUCAGGUGGAUGUUUUCACUUUUUUUCUCCCUGUACCUUCUUUCCUUCUUCAGCUGUGCUCUGUAGUCCAAUUUGCAGCAAGAUACCAAGUCAACGGGCAGGAGUAUUGGGAUAACAACGGAGGCAAAAACUACAGUUUUACCUGCCGGAAUUAUCCCCUUAAAAUGCCUAGAGAAUGUGAGGAGAGCUGGAUCCACUUCAUCUAAGCAAAAGAAAUGGGAUGCAGAGCAGCUUUUGAAUAGCCUGUUUUCAUCCCUCGCG